AUGGACCAGGGUGUGUACAGAGGCUGUGUCUGCGCGGAUGAAGAGAGGACCUUCCAGUGGAGCAUUCGAGCCACCAGCGCAGGGGAGGUGAACGUCACCGUCAUCGCCAAGGCCCUGCACACCAAGAAGCUCUGCGGCACCGAGAUGCCGGUGGUGCCCGCCCAGGGGCACACUGACACCGAGACGAAACCCCUGAGGGUGCAGGUGUGGAGUUAUGUGGUCACGUCCCCAGCUGUGAUCUACCACCCCCACACAGCGAUGCUGUGGGUCCAUCUCAGUGGCCUCCACGAGCCCGUCCAGUUGACUGUCCAGCUGCAGAGACCAGACGGGAACCACAACAUCACCCUGCUGGAGAGGAAGGUCCAGGAGCCUCAUCUGUACCUGAACAUCACCUUCCCCAGCAUCCUGGCCGUGACACAUCCCUUGUCCUCACCCCAUGCCUGGUGUUUCCCCUGGCAGGCUCCAGCCCCUGCCAAAGGGAAGGAGGAAAUCGUAGACCUGCACAUCUCGAUCCAGGGAGACUCCCUGGAUGUCUCCGAGAAGAAGAAGGUGAUGCUGAGAGCCCUGGAGCCCGGGAUCUUCAUACAGACAGACAAGGCUGUCUACAAACCUGGACAGCAAGUGAAGUUUCGAAUUGUUUCUUUGGAUAAAGACUUCGCUCCCAGCAAUAAGAAGCUGCCCCUCGUGAUCUUGAAGGAUCCCAGCGGGAACCGCAUCGCGCAGUGGCAGGAGGUGAGCCCGCGGCAGGGCAUCGUGGACCUGUCCCUCCCGCUGGCUGCAGAGCCGGCCCUGGGCACGUACGUCAUCGAGGUGGAAGGGAAGAGACACUCCUUCAGCGUGGAGGAAUAUGUGCUGCCCAAGUUUGAGGUGACCAUUAAUCUCCCCGCCGCGGUGCUGGAGAAGGAUAAGAAAAUCCAGGUGGAGAUUUGUGGACGGUACACCUACGGGAAGCCCGUCCAGGGGAAGGUCCAGGCCAGCUUGUGCCAGCGUGUAAGGGUCCUGUACGGACCUUAUACUGACUCCCUGAACUGCAUGGAGGUUAGCGGGCAGACUGAGAAGAAUGGCUGCUUUUCAAAAGAGUUUUUGUUGAUUGACUUCAACCAGACCGGCUCCGCAUUUCAGAAGCAAUUCCAAGUCCAGGCAUCGCUGGUGGAGGAUGGGACAGGGCUGGAGCAGAAAAACACCAAGAGCUGCGAGAUUUUACCCGAAACCUUCACUGUGACCUUCGAAAACACCGAUGAUUUCUACAAGCCCGGCAUCCCCUACACUGGGACGAUGGUGCUGACAGGAGCCGCCGGCGCCACGCUGCCGCAGAAGCAGCUCUUGCUCGUCGUUCAGCAGCAAGGAAAAGAUACGAGUCAGACCUUCCUGACGGACAGGUCAGGGAGAGUCUCCUUCGAGCUGGAGACCUCUGAUUGGAGUGGCACGGUCACUCUGCGUGGUCAAGUCAACGAGACAGCUCACACCCAGAACGAUGGCACCUACAAAAAUGCCUACCUAUCCCUCAGCCCCUUCUUUUCGGCGAGUAAGAGCUUCCUGCGGAUCCGCCGGCUGGAGAGCAAGCUGCCCUGUGGCCAGCCCCAGCAGCUCUGGGUGGACUACAUCUUCAGCAAGCAGGCCCUGAGGACUGAGCCAGGGAGCCUGGAUGUGGUCCUCCUGGUUCUGGCCAAGGGGACCAUCGCCACUGUCCUCAGGAAAGAGGUGACCGCAGAGGCUGGGCUGAGAGGUUCCUUCUCCCUGGAGCUGCCCAUCGGCCCCGAGCUGGCGCCCACGGCCAAGGUGCUGGGCUAUGUGGUGCUGCCCAACGGCGAGAUGGUGGCUGACAGCACUGACCUCAACGUGGCCAAGUGCUUCCCCAACAAGGUGAAGAUGGCUUUUUCGAAGGACAGGGCUCUGCCCGGCGCGGCGCUGCAGCUGGAGCUGGAGGCUGCCCCAGGGUCCCUGUGUGCCGUCCGUGCCGUGGACCGCAGCGUGCUGCUCUUGAAGCCCGAGGCUGAGCUCAAUGCAGAGGCGAACGCAGCACUGAAACUUUUCACCAAUGCCAACACCAGCGAUGUUUGCAAAGAGAUGUUCAACAUGCGCAGGGUAUCGACUCACCUAGGUCCCAGAGGUGGUUUUGAUUCCCAAGUCUACUAUUUGCAGAAAGGAAUCGUAAUGAACCAUCCUAGUCCAGCCGCCGCUGUCCAAGAAGAGAAACCGGCACCCCGGACGUAUUUCCCAGAGACAUGGCUGUGGGACCUGGUCCCCGUGGGGGAGGAGGGCUCCACAGAGGUGGCAGUGACGGUGCCUGACGCCAUCACCGAGUGGGAAGCCAGGAUGUUCUGCACAUCCCCGAUGGGCUUCGGGAUGGCCCCUGCAACCACCCUCACGGCCUUCAAGCCCUUCUUCGUGGAGCUGGCGCUGCCCUACGCCGUGGUCCGUCACGAAGCCUUCACCCUCGUGGCCACCGUCUUCAACUACCUGCGGCAAUGCCUACGGUUCCAGGUGACACUGGCGGAGUCAUCAGAGCUGGAGGUGUCGGCGAACGCGGACGAGGCGUACAGUAGUUGCAUCUGUGCAGAUGAAGCAAGGACCUUCCGAUGGGGCGUGCGAGCCACCAGCCUGGGGGAGGUCAACAUCACUGUCAGCACCGAGGCCCUGAGCUCCAAGGAGUUCUGUGGCAACGAGAUACCCGUGGUGCCAGCCCAGGGGCGUGUGGACACCGUGAUAAAGCCCUUGCUGGUGCAGCCCGGGGGGAUCCUGGUGGAGAAGGCGCACAACUCCCUGCUGUGCCAGGAAGGUAGGACCGGCCGGGUGUCCACUGAAGAAAUCUCCCUGGAGGUUCCUGCAAACAUCUUGGAGGGCUCCCAGCGAGCCCACGUCACCGUGAUGGGUGACAUCAUGGGCAAUGCUCUGCAGAACGUGGACAGCCUCCUGGCCAUGCCCUACGGCUGCGGCGAGCAGAACAUGGUCCGCUUCGCCCCCAACAUCUACAUCCAGCAGUACCUGGAGAAGAGCGGGCAGCUGCACCCCGACAUCCGCGCCAAGGCGCAGGCCUUCCUGCAGAGCGGCUACCAGCGAGAGCUGCUCUACAAACAUGACGAUGGCUCUUACAGUGCCUUUGGGAAGAUGGAUCCCAGCGGCAAUACCUGGCUGACGGCGUUCGUCCUCAAGUCCUUCGGGCAAGCCAGAGCCUACGUGGCCAUCGAGGAGCGGCACAUCACGGACGCGCUGCGCUGGCUGCAGAAGAAGCAGCGGGAGACGGGCUGUUUCCGCAGCGUGGGGAAGCUCUUCAACAACGCCCUGCAGGGUGGCAUCUCGGAUAAGCUCUCGCUGUCGGCUUAUGUCACGGCUGCGAUGCUGGAGCUGGGGCUGUCCCCAACGGACCCGAGGGUGAGCUCAGCCCUGCGGUGCCUGGAGGCUUCGGCCACGGAUGACCCCUACACGCAGGCGCUGCUCGCCUACGUCUUCGGGCUGGCGGGGCGCAGGGAGCAGCAGCAAGCCCAACUGCAGCGCCUGGCCCAGCACAGCGUCAGCUCAGGGGGGCAGCUCUACUGGCGGAGGAAGGGGAAGGCUCUGCCCCUCUCGCAGACCUCCUGGGCUGCCGCCGCGCCGGCAGAGGUGGAGAUGACCGCCUACGUCCUCCUGGCUUACCUCUCCCAGCCCCAAGUGUCAUCUGCCGACAUGGGGACUGCCUCCCAAAUUGUCCGCUGGCUCAGCAGGCAGCAAAACCCCUACGGCGGCUUCGCCUCCACGCAGGUACCGGCACUGGGGCGCAUGGGGCUGCUCCAAGCCCCCCUGGGCUGCCCCUGUCCCCUCCAGCUGAGCUCCAGCAACCGGUUGGUGCUGCGUCGGGCGGCUCUGUUGGAGCUGCCGGGGACGUACGGGGUGCGAACCCGCGGGGAGGGCUGCGCCCUGGUGCAGGUGACCCUGCGCUAUAACGUGCCACCCCCUCCGGGCACGGGGACGUUCGACCUCCAGGUGGAGACGGACCCCAGGGAGUGCCGGGGGGACGCCAGCACCCAUUUCCGCCUCCUCCUCCGGGCACGGUACACUGGGGACCGUCCCACCACCAACAUGGUUGUCAUCGAGGCCAAGCUGCCAUCUGGCUACAUCCCGGACAAGAGCUCCAUGGUGGAGCUGAAGAAGCAGAAGCUGGUGAAAAAGGUGGAGGUGCAGCCUGACCAGGUGACAAUUUACCUGGACCAGCUGACCAAGGAGGAGGAGACCUUCGCCUUCACUGCCACGCAGGACUUCCCAGUGAGGAACCUCCAGCCGGCCACCGUGACUCUGUAUGACUACUACGAGACAGGUGACCGCACGGAUGCUGCCUACAGUGCGCCUUGCAGCUCAGGUAGGGGCAGAGGAGUCACCCCACCAUCGGGACCCUGA